UUCUUCUUUUUGUUAUUUUAACAAAUUGAGCCUUGCUAACACCAGUCCUUACACGACGGGGCGGCGCGCUGGAGCUUCGUUUGAUUGCAGGAAUCUAUCUCAAGCCCAUAACUUGUGCCUCCGCUCGCAUGAUGAAGGGUUAGGGCUUUGAUUUUCACUCCCUUCCAUUCCAAAGCCGUGCAAAAUUAAUUCCAGUCCUGUUAGGGUUAGGGUUUAACGAUUUCAUAGACAUGUAUGCUGAUCGAGUGGAAGCUGCGGCGAAGAGGUCGGUAAAGGAGCGUCUUAAUGGCAAUUCUACCGACGACUUUACUCGCCAGCGUAAAAUUACUGGCAAAAGAGAAUUCUCCUCUUCAUUUUCUUUUUCCCAGUCCUUCCCUUGCUGCUCUCAUUUUGCAGUGGGUACCGUUUGCUUGGAUAUUCUAGCGCUUCAAAUUGUGGAUUUAUUUCAAAGAGGAUGAUUGAGUUUCUCUAGGUGAUAUACCUAGGUGUUUGAGUCCCCCUCCUCCAUUCGUAUGAUCAAUUGCCAUAUUUCCUUGUGAGCAGUCCGGGUGAUGCCAUAGAAUACAGAUGAAGAAUGCUAAAGAGCAGAGGCAAGAUGAUAAGUGGGAACACGAUCUCUAUGACGAGGAUGAACCACAUGUUUCAAAUCGCAAAGUCAGUUCUCAAGAUCUUCGACUGAAGCUUCAAAAGAAGAAUCUCCCACAAGCGUCACAAACCGGAAGGGGUUCAGUUUCAGGUAUGUGGGAUUUACGUGAAAAGCUCUCUGGGACUAUGAAUUCACAACCAGCAAAUGCUGAUCCACCCAAACGAAAAUUGGAGACUGCUAAACCAGCUAUAAGAAGUGUUGCAGUUGACGCACCUGAGCCAGAGAUUAAAAAGGUUUCUAGUGUGGCUCCUAGAAAAAAGUCUCAGCAAAAGGCUGAUACUUCAAUAGAAGGUUUUCUGCAAUCAAUAGGCCUUGAGAAAUACCUCAUUACUUUUCAAGCUGAGGAAGUUGAUAUGACAGCUCUUGUACACAUGAAUGAUGAGGAUCUCAAGGCUAUAGGAAUACCAAUGGGUCCAAGAAAGAAGAUACUUUUAGCAUUGGAAUCUAGGGGUUAAUCUUCAGAAGGGAAGUGCGUAUGGCUAACAUGGGGAAGGGAAGUGCAUACUUGCAUGUAUUAUUGGAUCUUCAGUCCAAUUAGUAGGACUGUUUUGGUUGAUAGAUGCCCGGAUGUAACAUUGUUUCCUGUUGGUUGUUCUUUGGUGUACUGCUGAAAGUGGCCUAAGUGGUUCAUUUCAGAUAUGAAACUGGUUGAAUUUUUUGCUUGAACCAGCCGUAGGAUUUUUCUUCUUUUAGGUCCUCUCUCUCUAUCUUUUUUUUUUUUUUUCCGGUGACUAGUGGUAAGAUCUUUUUAGAUCAAUGAAAUUCUAUGUUCUUUUCUAUCAA